UGUGCGACUGCCUGAAGCGAGGAGUUUCCGCGCUCCGGCUCUCUGAACGUGCCAGCAAACUGCGCCGCGAACAUCGGCGCCUUCACUGGUGCCCUCGGCGUCUUCAUGCAGUCCACUCUCGCCUACGACGCAAACUGCGUCAACAAGGGCGUCACGCCGCAGCAGAUCGUCUCUCGGGAGGAAGCCAAGUUGGAGCGGAGGAAGACGGAGCUGAUGCACGAGGCCACCAAGUGGCUGAAGAAUCGGGGCGCCGAUGUCUCGGUGCUUCCCUCCAAUCCCGCGGUCCCCAAGGAUGUGGUCUAUGGCGCCAUCAACCGCUGUGUGUUUCAGCUCGAUCUUGGAGCCACGUGCCGCGGCACUGGGAAGAGUUCAUUGCAACCACAGACCAGGAGCGCGCUGCUUGUUCGUCCUGUCCUCAAACUAAGGUUCGUUAUGCGAGCUGGGAUCAUCUUGGGGGACAUGACCAUUCACUGCGCACCGGACGCUGAUGCGGGCCGUGUUUGUGCCAUUGACGUCACGGGCUUGAUUGCAGUCCUCAGUUUGAUCACUCGGUUCUUUGCGCUGGCAGCGAAUUCUUGCAUCAACAUUGUAGGGGACGCGGAUAGGGGUGCGGACUGUGUCGGCAUUGCGGCCGGCAUACCGGCCGGUGUUAUGGCGAUGACGUCGUCCGGCAUGAACUUGCAGGCGGCUUGUCAGAAAGCCUUCGACGACUGGGACCCCAACAACUGGCCCAAGAACGAGAAGUCCAUUGUCAAGGGCUCCGAAAAGUUGUCGGUGCCUGCGGAAGAUGGCAACACCAUCAUCGCUGAGCCAUAAUUCGGUUGGCCACGCAGCGUGCCACGCAGCGUGUUCGCUUUGUGCUGGCCUCAUAUUGUUUUGACAUGGGGGGUUUCCUGUGGAUCACGUUUUCCAUUUUCUGCCAAUUAAGACCUUCAGCAGUGGAGCUGCGAAGGUCUGAAGGCUGUGACCAGAGCAGCCGUGGGUGAUUUUGCACAGGCAACGGUAGGGAGCUCCAGACACCCCGGAAUUGAU